GAAAAAAAAGAAAAAUCAGUAAAUGGUGGAACUAGGAUUUAAAUUCAGACAGGGUGACCUCGGAGUUUGACACAUCCCAGAGCUGUCUGUGUUUUCAAGGAGAUUAUAUGUGUAAAGUGCUUAAGGCAGCUAUAGCUCCUGGCCCUUAGUGAGCACCCAGCACUGUUAGCGAGCUCUUGUGCUUUUUGUCUCACCUGCUCCUUUGUGUCUCUCCCAGAAGCAGCUGACACAGGAUGAUGAUGCCGAUGAAGUCGAGAUUGCCGUUGACAACACAGCCUUCAUGGAUGAGUUCUUCUCUGAGAUUGAGGAAACUCGGCUCAACAUUGACAAGAUCUCUGAGCAUGUAGAGGGGGCUAAGAAACUCUACAGUAUCAUUCUGUCUGCACCAAUUCCAGAACCAAAAACCAAGGAUGACCUAGAGCAGCUCACGACUGAAAUCAAGAAAAGGGCCAACAACGUCCGGAACAAACUGAAGAGCAUGGAGAGGCACAUUGAAGAAGACGAGGUCCGCUCGUCUGCAGACCUUCGUAUUCGAAAAUCCCAGCACUCUGUCCUGUCCCGGAAGUUUGUGGAAGUGAUGACCAAAUACAAUGAGGCUCAAGUGGACUUUCGUGAACGCAGCAAAGGGCGAAUCCAGCGGCAGCUCGAAAUCACCGGCAAGAAGACCACAGAUGAGGAGCUGGAGGAGAUGUUGGAGAGUGGAAACCCUGCCAUCUUCACUUCUGGGAUCAUUGACUCUCAGAUUUCCAAGCAAGCCCUCAGUGAGAUCGAGGGACGGCACAAAGACAUCGUGAGGCUGGAGAGCAGCAUCAAGGAGCUCCAUGACAUGUUUAUGGACAUCGCCAUGCUGGUGGAGAAUCAGGGCGAGAUGUUAGAUAACAUAGAGUUGAAUGUCAUGCACACAGUGGAUCACGUGGAGAAGGCACGGGAUGAAACUAAAAAAGCCGUGAAAUACCAGGGGCAGGCCCGGAAGAAGUUGAUAAUUAUCAUUGUGGUAGUAGUUGUGUUGCUGGGCAUUUUAGCAUUGGUUAUUGGACUUUCCGUUGGGCUGAAAUAAGGGCGGCCCAAGAGGCUGCUGCACUGAAAUAAGUUGGGUUCCUGAGGUAAUAGAAGUAUUUUUAAGACUUGAUACAUACUACCAUUUUGAUAUCCAGAGGCAAUCCUUCACUUUAUAUUUCUUGCCUCCUCCUUCCAUGUAACUAAAGGGUCUGAAAGUCAGAUUGUUAUAGCUCUAAACAUUCGCCUUCCUCCGGAGAGAGAAUCAGCAGUGAAGUGAGCAACAUCUAAGUAAUUAAUUGACCCCCCCCCCCAAUUUGGAGUCUAGCCAUUGUUUCUGUUUGCUUUUAAAGUUCAAGUUUUGCUCUCUUAACUGUAUCACUGGAAAGGAUGUUAAAACUAAGCAAAGGCAUAUAUUUCCAUAUCCUUGGAUGAAAGAUGUCUUGCAAAUUCAUAUUGCCCCUUACCAUUCCUAAUUCCAGGAAUUCAGAAUGUAAAUGAAUCAUUUUUAAAUGAGACUAAUUGAUAUAUUGUUUUUAGUUGAUAUGCUAAGUUGCUUACUGCAGGGUAUUCCAUCCGUAUUCCCUAAUAAAGUCAGGACUGAGCGUUACUAGGCCUCGCCUCUGCCUCCAUCUGAGGGAGAGAGUUCUCUGAACAGGAGAGAAGGAAGACAACUUACAUUUCUCAUUCCUAGUUGUGUGGCAGCUACUCUCCUGUCUAGGAGAAGAAUGUCAACCCAAUUUUCAGACAGGAAAGUUAUUUGAAGCUCAAUAAGUUAAGAAACUUGCCCAGGUCCACACAGCUCAUAAGGCAGAGUAGCCAUAAUAUAAGCCCUGAGCUUUUCCAUAUUCUUUUCACUGUGUCUUUCUGCCCUCUGAGAGAAGUGGAGUGUAAGGAGAGUCAUAAAGAAGACUGGAGUCCCAGAAAGCUUCUGAAGCAUGUGUUUGAAAGGCACUGAUGUUGGCUCCACAGUAGAAUAGGUGUUUCCAACAUGUGAUUGUGCCUCCCACUGACAAGUCCUGGGUAUGUGACAGCCUGUGUGAAGAAUUAGACAAAGGACUAGAGAUUUAAAAAACUUUCCCUCUCAUCAUAGGGCUUUGUUUCUUAUACAGUGGGAUUUUUCAUUUCAGGUCCUGUGUUGGUGUGUCUAUUGGAUUUCUCAGGUUUAGCAUUGACUUUCCCAUUAUUCUCCCCUUUUCAGGUAUUUCUGAUCUUUCCUCUCCACCUUCUAGGUUUGUGGCUGAUUCUUAAUGUUGCCCUUCAACAUCAUCCUGUGCACUGAUCAGCUCCUCCUUCCCCUGCCUCCCUUAGAGCCCGAUUCUACUCCAGCCUGGUGUGGCCACCUUGUCUUCAGAUGGGAAUGGAGUUUGAAUGGCCUUCCCGAAAGAGGAUGGGACCCAUUUCUUUGUUUCCUGUAACCAUCCUUGGACCUGACGCAGCAAACCAUCUAGCCCUGGAGGAGUCUAAUCUACCUGAUGCAACCCUGAGUUUUCCUCAAAACCUGCAGUGUCUGAACCAGCCUGGCUUCUCUUUUUUCUCUCUACUGUGUCAAAUUUUUGCCUUGCACCUUGGAAAGCCAAUUAUUCAAAAUCUUCCCAAGGUGCUGUAUUUCUACCUCAUGGACUGUCAUUCUUCUCCCAAAAAUUGCAUUGUAUCUUUCCUAGGAGGGUUUCUUUAACAAAGCAAAGGGAUUCUUUCCAAUAGUAAGGUUUGGACUUGAGUCUUCUACUUGGCAGGUUCCCAGUCCUCACAGUUUGUUGUCCCUGUGUCCUGAAAAUAUGAGGGAUUGGCAGAUGUCAUUUUGGUCUGAGAGCUGACUUGCUUGAAAUUCAGCCUUAAAUGAAGCUCUUAGUAUAUUUAGGUUAGUGGCCAACUUCGGUAUUUGUCUGUUGUAUUCUCUCAUGUUUACUGUAGGUGGCGCCAGUGUGAUGCAGUCAUCUGAGGUUACCGUUUAUGUAGGCUGAGGAGAUGGGAUAUUUGUUUUCAUGGCUGAGUCUUGGAAACUGGUUGCCCACUGUUAAGGGUGAUGCUUUGUGAAGCCACUGCCUUGAAGCCAAAUAUUUUUUACUUAAAAAAAUGUUUGGCAUUUAACAUUGAGCCAGGAACAAGGUGCUUGAGUCUUUGGCUCUGGAAAUGUUUCAGACUGGUGCCAGCACUCCGUCACUCAUUUCAUAUGUUCCAGGUAAAUUUUUAUAAUUGGCUGAUGUAUAUAUCUCUUCAUGUGUCUCUCAUGAAGUAGGAAGCUAGAAGUGGAGAAUAUAACCUCAAAAAACAAACAAACACACACACACACACACACCACACCACACCACACCAAAAAUAAACAAAACCCAACAACCUUGAGCUAGGCCAAAAAUUAGGUAAGAGACAUUGCUUACCUGCAAAUGAGUCAUAGUAGAAGUAGGAUCUUUCCAUGUCAUGGAGAAGCCUGCUGGUUCUGGAUGAUGACUGGGAGAAUCGUAGGUCUUUGGGGUGAGGACUAAGUUGAUCUCCAUUAAGUUUUUUCUGGUUAGCAGAUAUGCGGGAAGCUUUGAAACCUUUCACUAUCUGCUGCCUAGGCUAGGCUUGCCCCAGAGCAAUUGAUAUCAUUUGUGUGACCUCUGGAAUGUCCUGUCUCCAGGGCCCAGUCUGUUGGGGGACACCAGGAACUACUGGGUAGCUCUUCCUUCUAUCAGGUUAAUAAGCUUGACAGGUGCUUUGUCUCCCAUAAUCUCAUCAGUGAGGAAGCAAUAGCUGGGAAAUUUUCAAGUGUCAUGACUGUGCUGGCCCAGUUUUGAGCCUCUUAGAUUCCCUGCUGGUCUCUGCCAGUCUGUCUGAUUUAUACUUCAGCAUUGAUUUUAAUGCUUUCUAGGGCAGGGCGAGCACCCUCAUCCAGGCACUGCCCAUUGGCUUCCUUUGUAAAAGCUAUUUCCAGUCAUCGUCCAGCACUCAGACAGAGCCAAGGGGAUGCCUCUUGCCCAUGGCUAUGAAGUUGAAGUGGACUGGCUC